AUGAUUUACGAUACAAAGGGGGUUCCGCCUACGAUUUUCACUGUAGCUUCGGCUAAUACGACUACGUUAUAUAUCCCUACUUCUUCUUCGACUAAUAACACAAAAAAGGAUAAGAAAAAGGACAAUAAGGAGGCCGAAAACUCGGCCAAAAACGCUAAGGAUAAGACCUUAAAAGGUUUAACCUUAGUAGCCCUAUACCUUAAUAAGGACUACCUACCGGAGAUCUAUUACUUAACAAUAAUAAUAGUUGGUUAUACUACCUACGAAGGUGAACACUACUGGCUAAAUUACCUAGGAAUUAAUAAGCUUAAUUAUAUGAUCUCGGUUAAUUUACUCUCCGGAUCCUUAAAUUCAGUGUUCGCCCUAGAUAAAAUAGCCCCUAUUUCUAUUGAUCUAGUAUAUCGCUGUACCUACUAUACUAGUAAAGAUCGAGUACGAAAGAUAGAGAUUUAUACUAAUAGUAUUAAACUUAAGAAAGGUAUUGGUGUUAUAUACCCUUACGCUCCCUAUAUUAAAGGAAAAGGAUAUACCUUACCCUUUGGGAAGGUUACUAAGAUUAAAAAUCGACUUCUUAUCGAACCCCUUAUUACUUUCUUGAUCCCUAAAGAAAAGCGGUCUAUAAAGCUAGAUUCUUAUAUAGAAGAAGCUAAAUUAAUCGCUUAUGAUAAGGGUGAUAAUUACGUUCUCUAUAACAACACUUUUAGUGAUUAUUUCGGAACCGAAUCGAAUCGUCCUUCCUCUCCUCCCUCACCUAUAGUCGAAGACUUAGCUAAUAAAGAUAAUACUCCACGAAACAAUCUCCUACCAACAAACCCUACGUUAUUCGAGGAUAAUCCUAAAUAG